AUGAUGACAAAAAACUCCGAAACAGCAAUACUUCUAGCAACAGCCCAGAUAAGAGUGAAGGCGGCAAAUGGAGAGUACGUGACAUUGCGAGCACUAAUCGAUCAAGGAUCACAGAAGACUACCAUUUCUGAAGAAGCCGCUCAAAUACUACACUUACCAAAGAGAAGAGAAGUAACUGAGCUACAAGGGCUCGGAAAUACUACAGUGGGAGUAUCCAAAUUUAAAGUCAACAUUGAAAUCAGGCCGAGAUUCCUAAGCAACGAAGUGUACAAUGUCGAAGCACUGAUUUUGCCGAAAUUGGCGAGUGCACAACCUGAUAAAACAUUUAAAUGGGAUAUAGAACAAUGGAGAAACUAUACCUUAGCUGAUCCCAACUUCAAUAGGUCAGAUCGAAUCGACGUCGUUAUUGGAGGAGAUGUAUAUGCUGACAUAUUAGAAGAAGGCAUAUUUAAGAAAGAUCGAAUACUAGGCCAAGCUACGAAAUUAGGAUGGAUAUUGUCGGGAGUUUUACAACAACCGAGAAAAAAUGGUAGAAUUCUAGCGGCGGUGACCACAACGUUGGAGAAGUUUUGGGAAAUAGAAGACACCACAGCACCAACAUAUAUAGAAGAUGAUGAUGAAUGCAUGAAGAUAUUUGAUAAAACGACAACAAGAGAUGAAAAUAAUAGAUUUGUCGUCAAUCUACCUUUUAAAAAAAAAAAAGACUUAGGCGACUCUCGCAAACAAGCAAUGGCGAGGUUUCUUAAUCUUGAGAAAAAGUUGGCUUCAGAUGACAACCUAAGAAAACAAUAUGUGCAAUUUAUGAGAGACUAUUUAGAAAUGGGCCACAUGAAAAAAGCAAGUGGAAAUAAUUGCGGAAAAUACUAUUUGCCACAUCAAGCCGUAAUUCGAGAAGGCAGUCUCACAACUAAACUACGAGUAGUUUUCGAUGCAUCUGCAAAAACUACAAAUGGAAGUAGUUUAAAUGACAUCCUUUUAAUAGGCCCGAGACUUCAAAAAGAUAUAUUUGACAUAAUUACCAAAUGGAGGCAAUAUGUGUUAACAAGUGAUAUUGAAAAGAUGUAUCGACAAAUUAAAGUAGCAGAAAGUGAUCAAGAUUAUCAACGUAUAUUGUGGAGAGAAGCGAAGGAAGGGCCGAUAGGAGAAUACAAGCUGCAAACAGUUACGUAUGGAACAGCAUCCGCUCCUUUUCUUGCAACGAGAACUUUACAAGAAAUUGCCAAAUCCUGCGAGCCUUACAAUUAUUUGCUUUCAAACAUCAUUAAAAACGACUUCUACAUGGACGAUUUAAUGACAGGAGCAGAUUCAAUAAAUGAAUGUAAAAUCAUUCAGUUCGAAAUUUCGAAACAACUACAAAAAUGUGGAUUUCACUUAAGAAAGUGGAUGUCUAAUAACAGUGAGAUUAUAACAACAAUUCCAACAAAUAGCGAAAAUGAGGUAAUAAAAAUAGCAGAAGACGAAACAAUUAAAACAUUGGGUAUACAAUGGGACCCGGCCAAAGACAUGUUUGGAUUUAAUAUGAAUCUUUCAACGGAAAAGCUAGUAACAAAAAGGAAAGCUUUAUCUGAUUUGGCGAGAAUUUUCGAUCCGAUGGGAUGGCUUUCACCAAUGACUGUUUUAGCAAAGUUGUUUAUACAAAAACUUUGGUUGAUGAAACUCAACUGGGAUGAGUUACUCGACGAAAAUUUGGCAAAAGAAUGGCAGGAGUUUAUGCAGCACGUACCAGCGAUAAAAAGAAUAAAAAUUCCCAGAUGGUUUGAAACAAAAAACGACUUUAAAAUUGAACUACAUGGAUUCGCAGAUGCGUCAGAAAAAGCGUACGCGGCAGUUGUAUAUGCUAAAGUUGGAUCAGUUAUAACGAUAAUUGCUGGUAAAACCAAAGUGAACCCGAUUAAAAAUAAGAAGACAUUGCCAAAACUGGAGCUAUGCACGGCUCACCUACUUUCUAAAUUGCUGCAAAGGAUAAAGACAGUUAUCAAUAGAGAAGUUAAGAUAUUUGCUUGGAGCGACUCAUCUAUAACGUUAGCAUGGAUAAAGAAUUCCCGAAGUAAAGAUAAGUUCAUUAAAACGAGAGUAGAAGAAAUCAAAUUAUAUGCUUCCACUGCAAUAUGGCAACACGUUAGAACAAAGGACAAUCCAGCUGAUGUAGCAUCCAGAGUGAUAUUUGCGAACAAACUAGUGGAGCACGAGCUAUGGUGGAGAGGUCCCAAAUGGUUACAAGGAGAAGAACAUCAAUGGCCAACACAGAAUAGCGUUAAAAUCGAUGCAGUGUAUGUCGCAACAUCAAAAGGUUCACAUUUCUAA